CUCUCUCUAAACUCUCUCUUUCUCGCUCCUCAAUUGCAGUUACAGAUAACCGCAUCACAGAAUCAACGUGUAAAACUCCGGCGAGCAGUUACCUAGGGUUUUGAGAUGCAAACGGGAACUCCGAUCUCGCGUUCUCCGACUUUCAACAGUUACUCCGGUAGUUUAGCUGAUAUCGCCGCCAGAGUCGUUGAAGAACUCAUUUCAGAGUCCGAUCAAUCAGGUAUCGGUUUCGUUUUUGACUUUGAUUACGAUCAGGAAACUAUCAAUAGAAAUGAGAUGAACAGGCAUGUCGAAGAAACGAACAAUUUGAAAGAAGGAGAUGACGAUGAUGAUGAUGAUUUUGAAUUCAUCACCGACUUAUCGCCGAAUUCACCUGACGGAAGCUUGAACAAUGACCAAAUCCGACCUACUUAUCCGGUUUUCAGUAGGAAUUGGUCAUUUGGCGGAAUUCAAGAUGUCGCAACGAAGCCGACGGUUCCUCGUCCGUCUAGGCUUUCGUUAAGAAACCUUAUGAAACAGGAUAGAGAUCCUCCGUCAUGUUCUGACGAUUUAGAUGGAAUUCCGGAGGAAAUGUACUGUGUGUGGAAAUCUAAAACGGCGGAGGAAAGUGAGGAAGCGGCGUUAUCUAGCAAAAGUAAGAAAAGCUUUAGUUCAAUCGGAUCAUCGUCAAAAAGGUGGAAGUUCAGGAACUUCCUUCAAAGAAGCAACAGUGAUGUCAAUGAUACCUUAGUCCGUCUCCCUCGUCACACCAGUAAGGAUUCGACAAAAUCAAGCAAAAUCAGUGACGACAAAGGAAGAAUUGAGUCUUUCAAAUCUGCAGAUGGGGAUACGAAGGUACAAUAUACAAAAAGUAAGGGAGAUAGAAGGCGUUCAGUCAUCCCUUACAGACAAGAUCUGGUACGAUUCCUUGCUAAUGUUAAGGCAUAAAUCUCAAUUCCCUUUGUUUGUUUUUGUGGUUCUUUGAUGAUCAUAUUUAUCAAAGUGUCUAGCUAAAUUGAAACAACAAGAACAAAUUGAAGAUUAGAAAUGAGAGUCUUCUGUUAAAAGUAGCUUAAUUUGGGUGGUGGUGGUGGGUCAGUUUGUGUGAUGAUUACAGCUAUGGAGAGAAAACUUUUGAUAUGUGGAAGGAAAUGGGUUUUGCUUCUUCUUUACCCCCUCCCCCAAUUCCCUAUUUUCUAGGAAACAUCAUUAUGUAGAAGAUGCAAAAUAGACAUUAUAGAAUGAAUCAUAGCAGAGAUUUGGACAAAAUGGAUAUGGGUUUUAUUAUGAUUUAUGGCUGCAAAUUUCUGCUAAAUUUCAGUUGACAAUCAUGAUCAUCUUACCUUAUGGUUUGGUCAACAAAAUUAUGCAAUUGAAGCCUAGUCUUUAUUGGCAAACAAAUUAUGUAGUUGAGGGAGAUUUUGAAUUAGUUUUAUGCCGUGUGUAUUUAGUUUACUUGAUAAUUUUGAUUUUGAAUAGUUGAUUAUUUUGUCUGUUUGACUUUUCUAAUCAAAUUCCAACAUGUUUUUUA